AUUACAAGUUUCGAACUACUGAAUUAAAUAUUUUAACGAUAAAACUAUUUCCUGAAUCCGAUUCUGUUCAUAAACUUUAAUUUAAUUUUGAUUAGAUGAAUUUAAGUAGUUGCAAUAUGCGUUCUAUGAAAGCUAUUGUAAUUAUUUUACUAAUAGAACUUUGAAACUAUUAAUGUUUUUGUGCAGUUUGUAAAAUGUUGUUGACCCAGAAUAUCAUACUAGAUUUAUUGGGAAUUUUUGCCGCCCUACUGGUAAUUCUUACAGCAAAUCACAUAUGGACACUUGGAUAUUGGAAAAGAAGAGGAGUUCCUGGUCCAGGAGGCAUAUUCCUCUUUGGAAGCAUGAAGGACUUUUUUUUGUCCAAAAAGACCAUGGGAGAUUGUUUCAAGGACUUAUACAGUGAAUAUAAAUCUAAAGGUGCGCGCUACUUUGGUUGCUAUUUCUCCGGUGCUCCAACUUUUGUUCCAAUAGACAUAGAACUAGUUAGAUCGAUGCUACACGCGGAUUUUCAAAGUCACGGUUACUAUUAUAAUGAAGAUGUCGACCCAGCUUCUGCCAAUAUGUUCUUUUUGGACGGCUCCCGUUGGAAGGAAGUUCGUAGUAAACUGACAUCAGCAUUUACACCUGGAAAACUGAAAUUGAUGCACGAUGGUUUUAUUGAGGUUUCUUUGGGAUUAAAGAAGGCUCUGGAUCAAAAUUCAAAAUUUGGUUGCGUUAAUAUUAAGGAUGUUAUGUCUUGUUUUACAACUGAUGUCAUUGGCAACUGCGCAUUUGGAGUAGACACUGACAGUUUGCAAAACCCCGAGAUUGAUUUUCGGAUAUAUGGCGAUAGAAUAAUAACACCUAAUUUAAGAAACGGAAUGAGAUUGGCAGUUCCAUUAUUCAUACCCCAUAGCAUUUUAAGAGCCUUCAAUUUUAGACCGCUAGACCCCAAAGCAUCAGAUUUCUAUCAAGAAACAGUAUUAUCAACCAUACAGUAUAGGGAAGACAAUAAUAUAACUAGAAGUGAUUUCAUGGAUCUUUUGAUUAAAAUGAAAAAUAGUACCAAUGAAGAGAACAAACUGUCUACUAAUGAAAUUAUAGGACAGUGUUUUAUAUUUUAUUUAGCUGGAUUUGAGACUUCGUCUACUACACUAACUUUUGCAACUUUUGAAAUAGCUCAGAAUCAAUACGUUCAGAAAAGAGUUAGAGAUGAGAUAAGCAGGGUUCUCAGUAAACACAACAAUGAGGUUACUUAUGAAGCUGUACAAGAAAUGGAAUAUUUAGAUCAAGUUGUUUGUGAAACAUUACGGAAAUAUCCACCAAUCCCAGUUUUGAUGAGAAGAUGCACCAAAAAUUACAAGAUACCUGGAGAAGAUUUAGAAAUUAAAAAAGGCACGUUAUUGAUGGUUUCUAUUAGAGGUAUCCAACAUGAUCCUGAAUAUUAUCCAAAUCCAGAUAAAUUUGAUCCAGAUAGGUUUAGUGCUGAAAAUAAGAAAAAAAGACCGACAUCUACGUGGUUGCCUUUUGGAGAUGGACCCCGUAUUUGUAUAGGUAUGCGAUUUGGAAUGCAGCAAGUGAAAAUUGGACUGAUAACCAUAAUACAAAAUUUCAAUAUUUCUCUUAGCGAAAAUACAAAAUUACCGCUUAAAUUUAGUAAAUUAUCGCCAUUGCUGAAAACUGAGGAAGAAAUUUGGAUGAAUUUAGAAAACUUGUCAGUUUAA